ACAGUUUGAGCUGAGACUGCUUGGAAUGAGGACGUAGUCGCCAUCGGGAGAUAAUAGAGAACUGCUGCAUCUAGUAUAGGAAGCCAGACAACAACAGUAUUUGUUUAUAUUUCCACAUAGCCCCACAUAUAAAUAAAUUAUGAAAUCAGAGACGUUGCACAAGUUUCUGGCUUUCUAUCCGCUGCUGAUUGCCUGCGCGUGGAGCCAGCCAUUGAACUCAACGCAACAACAACCAACUUAUCAACAAGUGCAACCAGUUCAGCGACCAUUUUUCUUAAUUAAACAUAAUGUAAGGCCGGAAGAUGCCAAGAACUACCACAUUACAAUUCCCAAGUCCCCCAAAGCGGGGGAGCCCUGUCUCACGAUCACUUGGAAGACCAAUCCGGAUGGCAGUGGCCCUAGUCAACCGCAAAUCUUCAUGGGUAAUGGCUACUUUGGAGUUAUACCGCCAGUAGCACGCACACAACAAAGGCAAUAAACCAAAAAUUACUUUUUAUUUAUUCACGAAAAAUUAAA